ACUAAGAGCACCACCAACUUGAUGGUGGUCACAUGAGUCAAGACCCAUGGCUAACAUGAUCAAUCACCAAAUUCCCAGCAGUUCUCGAUUUCUCCAGCUUUCGCACCGCGCUGGAACGAUAUCUGAAACUAUCAAAUAAAGUAUGGAUAGUUCAUCGAGAGCCGGCCUUUUAUCCUUACCUACUGAACUUCUUCUUCUUAUCCUAAGUCACUUCGACUAUUCGUCAAAGCUAGCCCUCCAAUGGACGUGCAAAUCGCUAAACUCAGUUAUGAAGGACCAUCGGUUUUCCAGAGCGUAUACCAUGACUGAUCUUCUCGAGAUAGAGCGGUGGCCAUGCUUCUCCAUGGGGCAACAAGGAGAAGGCACAAAACAACCAAUAGGAGGACUGGACUAUUUUGCUUGUCAUAUCUGUUUCAAAAUUCGGUCUGCAGAAUACUUUUCCAAUGCGAUGAUGAAGGGCCAUCGCGGAAAACUGUCCCCUACUCUGUCUCCAGAGAGAGCGCACCGGUUCUGCAUCCCGUGUGGUGUGCGCUUUUACCGUUACCAUCCCGGAGUAAGGCUUCAAUAUGGGGGUGCAACUGGAGGUGAUGGAGUCGUUUGCUAUAAAUGUCAUCGUUUCAAAAAGGUGGUGGGGCUGGUUGGAUUCAAGGAAAGAACUUGUGGUGCUUGCUUGCGAUCGCAAAGCCUCUCAUUUAACGGGGACGAAGAAGGCACGCCAUAUUGUUGAUGAUAUCGUCGAAAACCCUGAAGACAGCUGAUAGCCAAAAUAAUCACGCAACCUUAUUCGUUGGCAUACCGCUUGCUCAAGCUACUAUAGACUGCGAGCACAGCCAAGCCAAUGACCGGCUUGGGUGACCUACCCAACUCAGCAUAAUACAAUUAUGUGCGUACAGGUAAACCUGCUGUCGGCCUUGCCUCCAAGAGCGAGAGUGGGGUCUAAUGUAUUUUGAUGAGAGAUAGGCCAUCAUGGACGGAGACAGGCGUGAAGCGGUAGAGUAACCAUGAGCAUAAAAAUUGAUUUUAAUAAUAGUGCAGAUGAAGCGGAAGUUGGUGGAGGGCGGAGAUA